GAGCGUCGGAAGUCGACCCGGCAAAUUGCUGCACAAGAUGCCCGCCCACAGGACCGUGAGGUUGAACGAGAGGGCCUUGGCUUGUGUAAAAUCUCAAAAUAUUACGGGCUAGGUUGGUGGCUCUCGGGUAAGUUUGACUGGGAUAAUUGGCGCUUCAAGGACGAUGUUGGCGACCGACUAAUGGUGGGCAAUGAUAUCCUACAGGGUGAAUAUGGUCGACAGUGGAAGGUAAUCCGGGACAUCCGCGACGUCUAUGUGCGGAUGUGGCAGGCGCACAAAUGGGCUCAACAAUACUCCGUACGACAGUUGCCAAAGAACCGAUGCGUCUGGCUUGAGUAUCUGUGUAGUACGGUCAUCGAACUCUUUCAGUGUGAUAUGUGGCGGGCAGCAAGGAAAAGUCUUGACUGGAAGGGCGGCUCCGACCUCACGGACGAGGCAGCUGCUCAAUACUCUGCAACUCAACCUCCGCCGUACUGCUAUGAUGUUCUCCAGAGCUCCUUCCAUGACCGUCGUCGCAACAUCAACCAUACCCGACCCCAUUUCCUGACAGGCAACAAAAUCCGCUUUCCUCACGUGUGGGACCUCGUCUGUGAUCUUCUUGGGUUCGACCUCCGUGAUGGUCACUUGGAACAGCGGAAGGGCCUACAGUCAAUGCCUUACCGCAUCGCUGUCCGGCGUAGUAUCGAGCUGAUCAGCGAUGUGUUAGGCCAUGCGGAGGCGUGCGUGUGG